AGGUGCGGUGGCUCACACCUAUAAUCCCAGCACUUUGGGAAGCCAAGGCAGGCAGAUCACUUGAGUUCAGGAGUUCCAGAUAAGCCUGGCCAACAUAGUGAAACUCCAUCUCUACUAAAAAUAGAAAAAUUAGUGGGGCAUGGUGGCGCUCACCUGUAGUCCCAGCUACUUGGGAGGCUGAGGUAUGAGAAUCGCUUGAACCCGGGAGGUGAAGGCUGCAGUGAGCCAAGAUUGUGCCACUGCAUUCCAGACUGGGUGACAGAGCGAGACUGUCUCUCAUUUAUUUAAAAAAAAAAAAGUAAACAGGAGUUUACAAACUAAACAAGAGCUUACAUUCUAAUGAGAGACAAAGAAUGAACAGAAUAAGUAAAUUCUACAAACUAUUCACAAGUGGUAAAAACUAUGGAGAAAACUAAAGCAGAAACACAUAAGUAGGGGGAGAAAGACAAAAUUUUUUCGAAGCGUGAGAAAAAGCCCACCUCGAGAGCAACAUUUGAGCAACAAUUUUCAUUUGUAAUGAGAAAAUACCGACUUCGUAAGGUCGUUACAAGCCUCGUUAACACAGCGUGGGCCUCACCUGAAAGCUUGUUAGAAGCGCAGAAUUUCAGGUCCCAUCUCAGACCUACAGAAUCAGAAUCUGAAUUUUAACAAGGUCCCCUGGUGAUUUGUAAGCAUAUCAAAGUUUGAGAAGCAUUAAUUAAAAGGAUUAAAUAUUUGCGUCUGAACCAGGGCUGGCAUAUUAUAGGCACUCAAUAGAUUCAAUAAUUCUUAGUUUUCUUUCCCCAUUAACAUAAACCUUAUAUCUUUCUAGUUAUAAUUAAGAAUGAAUGGCCAGGCACAGUAGCUCACGCCUGUAAUCCCAGCAGUUUGGGAGGCUGAGGUGGGAGGAUUGCUUGAGGCUGGGGGUUUAAGACCAGCUUGGACAACAUAGUGAGACACCAACUGUACCAAAAAAAAAAAAAAAUGAAAAAAUAAAGAUAGCAUUGAGUCUCUUCAAUUAAUUAUGAAUAUUAAGCAUAUCCUGCCAUUUACUUCCUUGCAGAUCUAGCAGAAAAUCUGAAAAUAAAGCCAAGUUGCAGACAGAAGACAAAGAUAAAUUCACAUGCAGACAAAUUCAAACUCCUGACUACAUUAAUGUCUCUCAUUGGUGGCCAAAUUUCAGUCUAAUCUUUGCUAAUGUUUUUCACCACCCACAAAUAAGAGAGACUGAGUGUGUCCCUCGACAUUUGGAGAUCAGGAAGUCCACCUUAAAAAGACAAGAGGCCAAAAUGUUGGGAAAAUCCUCUGGUGAUAAACGGAAAGCAAAAAUUGUUUAAAGACAGAACAAAAAAUAAGUAAAUAAUUCAGGUUGCUUAAGUACUGUUUUCGUUUACAGAAACAGCAACUUCAAAUGAGACGAUAUAAACCUGUAUGAUUUUUCUUAUAAUUUGCCUCCUGCAAAUAAGCUUAAGUCUUUGUCUACCUUAGUCUUCUCUUUCCUAGCUACAUAUCACAACAUACUUCCUUACUGCCUUCCUUCCGUCUUUUCUUCAACGCUUCUGUAAAUUUUGAUUUCAAAAGCAACGGCACAAUUGCGUUCUUCUAGCCCUAGUUAAGCAGUAAUAUAACGACAGGUGGAAACCUGCAGGUUGCCACGUUCAUUGCAAAGUGUCCACAGUAAAGAUAAAGGAGAAAUUCCCCCGGCAAUGAAAACGAGAAUGAGAUAAAUUACCAAAUUACAUUAAAAGCGUGCUCUUAUGUUAGAGAUUUAAAGUUCCUCUCAGAAAUCCCGGAGGAUUUUGACCUGAAGCAAAAGUGAACUUCUUCCGGGUGGUAGAAAAGUAAACUGUCAACUAUUUACUUUGGUGGGGUGGCGGGGGGAGGGUGCUGGGAAGGAACUGAGGCGAAAAGCCUCUGCAGGUGACGGUGCAGGCCAAUACCAGGAGGUCAAGUCGCCGGUGUCCCUUCGGCCCUUAAGUCCAGGGAAACGCACGGCGAGGGACGAGGGGCGAUUCCCGCCUUUCUCCAGCCCUUUCUCCGCCCACAAAUGACGGCGGUGGCGAAGAUCCGGGCCCGCCGCGCGAGGCACUCUGGGAGCGGAAGAAGGAGGCCGCGCGAGGGCUGGCGAACCGGAAGAAGAGGAACUGGGCCUGGAAGGGCCCCGGUGACCGCUACUGCUGCCGGUGUUUGCGUGUGGCAGGGAGCCAGGCCUGGCGAGCGGGGUGUGUCGCGAUGCCGGAGCUGGCGGUGCAGAAGGUGGUGGUCCACCCCCUGGUGCUGCUCAGUGUGGUGGAUCAUUUCAACCGAAUCGGCAAGGUUGGAAACCAGAAGCGUGUUGUUGGUGUGCUUUUGGGGUCAUGGCAAAAGAAAGUACUUGAUGUAUCGAACAGUUUUGCAGUUCCUUUUGAUGAAGAUGACAAAGACGAUUCUGUAUGGUUUUUAGACCAUGAUUAUUUGGAAAACAUGUAUGGAAUGUUUAAGAAAGUCAAUGCCAGGGAAAGAAUAGUUGGCUGGUACCACACAGGCCCUAAACUACACAAGAAUGACAUUGCCAUCAACGAACUCAUGAAAAGAUACUGUCCUAAUUCCGUAUUGGUCAUCAUUGAUGUGAAGCCGAAGGACCUAGGGCUGCCUACAGAAGCGUACAUUUCAGUGGAAGAAGUCCAUGAUGAUGGAACUCCAACCUCGAAAACAUUUGAACACGUGACCAGUGAAAUAGGAGCAGAGGAAGCUGAGGAAGUUGGAGUUGAACACUUGUUACGAGAUAUCAAAGACACGACGGUGGGCACUCUGUCCCAGCGGAUCACAAACCAGGUCCAUGGUUUGAAGGGACUGAACUCCAAGCUUCUGGAUAUCAGGAGCUACCUGGAAAAAGUCGCCACAGGCAAGCUGCCCAUCAACCACCAGAUCAUCUACCAGCUGCAGGACGUCUUCAACCUGCUGCCAGACGUCAGCCUGCAGGAGUUCGUCAAGGCCUUUUACCUGAAGACCAAUGACCAGAUGGUGGUAGUGUACUUGGCCUCGCUGAUCCGUUCUGUGGUCGCCCUGCACAACCUCAUCAACAACAAGAUUGCCAACCGGGAUGCAGAGAAGAAAGAAGGGCAGGAGAAAGAAGAGAGCAAAAAGGAUAGGAAAGAGGACAAGGAGAAAGAUAAAGAUAAGGAAAAGAGUGAUGUAAAGAAAGAGGAGAAAAAGGAGAAAAAGUAAAACAUGUAUUAAAUAGCUUUUUAAAUUUGUAAAUUAAAAUCUUACAAACUAAAUCAGUGUGCUGCUAGAGGGUUCUUUUUCACUUGACGUGUUUAUUAGAAAGCUGACCCAACAAGAGCUCUCUGUCUCCGGUCACUCUUGCUGUGGUGCUACGUGGAAGUGAAUGGAGACUGAUCUCAAACCUGAACUGCAGCUUUCGCUGCUGUGAGUUGGGGAUAUGAUAGUCAGCUCAGGCUUCAGAUUGUGUGAGAAAAAUGAAGAGAAGUCAACAAACGUUUUGGUACUCUUCAUUCGUUUAUCUCUAAAACCAGGAGUUGAAUUUUCCUCAUCUUGAAAGACUCUUGGGGUCUGUUUCUGGUAUUUUACAAAAUUGCUAAGUGGAAUGCAUGAAUUGCAUUAUGUUCUCUGGUAACACGUAGAGUUCAGACCCUUCUGAACUCUGUUGAUAAUACCACACCAUGUUUUGGACCCAUAGCUCUGGCAUCCUCAGGGGUUGUGAUCCAGCUCCAUAUAUUGUUUACCUUCAAAGAUACAAUUAAAUGGCUUGAUUUUUAA